CGAAAGUAGAGUUUCAGACACCAUCAAUCUCUCUACUUUCCCAUGGAAUCGUGAAAUCCCACCUUCCGUUUAUUUUGUACUGUAAUCCAACGUAUGGAAUAACCAUCCAACAGAGCAACUCCGAAACGGCGUCAAUAAUAUCAUCACUCAUGGAAGUAGUAGAAGAAAGUGUUGUGAUUGUUGGAGCUGGAAUUGCUGGUCUUUCUGCAGCCUUGGGGCUUCACAGGCUGGGGAUUCGGAGCUUAGUUUUAGAAUCGUCGGAUAGUAUGAGGAUGACCGGGUUUGCUUUAACAACAUGGACAAAUGCAUGGAAGGCCUUGGAUGCCCUUGGCACUGGUGAUACUCUUCGCCAACAACAUGGGGCACUUCGUGGGAAUGUGACUUCCUCAACAAUUUCUGGGCUUCCUGUGUUUGAGAUGUCAUUUAAGGCCAAGGGAAAGAACGGAGAUCAUGAAGUUCGUCGCGUGAAAAGGAGAUUGCUUUUGGAAGCCCUUGCAGAUGAACUCCCUAGUGGCACCAUUAGGUUUUCAUCCAAGGUGGUUUCCAUUGACGAAUCAGGCUACUUGAAGCUGGUGCAUUUUGCUGAUGGAACCAUCCUCAAGGCCAAGGUCUUAGUUGGGUGUGAUGGAGUGAACUCCGUGGUUGCUAAAUGGCUAGGGUUCAAGCAGCCGGUUACAGGGAGAUCUGCCAUCCGAGGCCUUGCCAACUUCAAGAGCAGCCAUGGUUUUGAUCCCAUAUUUAUGAAGUUCUUUGGAAAUGGUAUUAGAUAUGGUGUAAUCCCUUGUGAUGAUAAAACUGUUCAUUGGUACUACACUUGGGCUCCUACCAGCCAAGAGAAAGAGCUAGAAGAGAACCCAGGUCAACUGAAGCAAUACAUGUUAAGCAAGCUCGGAAAGAUACCCGAUAAAGUAAAGGCUGUAGUAGAAAACACCGAACUGGAUUCUUUUGUAUCCUCUCCAUUGAGAUAUAGACAUCCUUGGGAGAUUCUAUGGGGAAACAUCAGCAAAGGCAAUGUUUGCGUUGCAGGAGACGCGCUCCACCCCAUGACCCCGGACAUUGGCCAAGGCGGGUGCGCUGCAUUGGAAGACGGUGUUGUGUUGGCAAGGUGUCUCGGUGCGGCCUUGUUGAAGAGCUCACGGCACGAAACAAAAGAUAAGGCGGGUGAAGAAGGAAAGGAAGAAUAUGAGAGGAUUGAGACGGGGUUGAAGAAGUAUGCUACUGAGAGGAGAUGGAGAAGCUUUGAUCUGAUCAGCACAGCUUUAGUGGUUGGUUUUUUUCAAGAGAGUGAUGGGAAAAUCAUGAACUUUUUGAGGGACAAAUAUCUGGCUCCAAUUCUUGCUGGGUUGCUGUUGAAGAAGUCUGAUUUUGAUUGUGGGAAGCUCAGCAUCUCUUAAAACAAUGUAGUUCUUCUGUAUAUUAAUUUUCAUUUGACUUCCAAGUAAUCUUGCUUAUAUUGCAAUUAUAUUAGUAAAAGACCUUUCUUACCCUACUUGUAAUUUUGUCACUAGUAUGAAAAAGAGUUUUAAUCAUAUUAUAUCACAAUUAUAUUAGA